AGUUGGUGCCUUAUUCAAACUCAAAUUUGCUUCAUUGCCUCCUGCUUUUCUAAGGCGUUGGAUGAAGAUCGAACGGCAAUCUUAUCACUGAGUGUUUAGAUUUCCCCAAAACUCGGGAGGCGAUGUUCACGUUAAUGUGAUCUUUCAUACUUGAAGAUCAUUUUGAAUCUUGCCGGAUUUAACGAUUUUACAGUUGCGACUGCUUCAAAUCUUCGGAGAGCAAGUGUCCCUUGAACCUUUUGCAAACGAGGUCAAUGGCGGGUUUUUUGUAUUCGACCUGUACGUCCCCUUUUGAUGACGGGGAAGAUAUGGCUGUGUUUGAGUCCACAGCAGCCGACUAUAGAGGAUCGGGCAUGCCGCGUCUGCCUGAGCUCUCUCUCAUAUCACCGGGCCCCGAAUUGGCUUGGAAACCUGCAGUGAUGAAGCAGGGAAGCGUUGACAAAGGCGACACAGAGAGGGUGAACGUUUUCCUUCGCAUUCGACCCCUCACCGAGGUCGAGCGAGAAAAGAGCGAGGACCAGGAAUGUGUGGAAGUACAAGAUGAAGAGACUCUGCUACUCAGAGCUCCCAGCUGCUCGCAAAACAUGAAGGUCGCCGAGAGGGGCAUCUCCCCAAGCAUGCACAAGUUCACUUUCACCAAGAUUUGUGGACCAGAGACAACGCAGCAAGAUUUUUAUGAGUGCACCAUGAAGGAGAUGGUCAAAAGUGUUCUCCAGGGAGAGAACAGACUUCUCUAUACAUACGGUGUCACCAAUUCGGGAAAGACUUACACUAUUCAAGGCAGGGGCCGCGAUGCAGGGCUCCUACCCAGAGCUUUAGUGUCUCUAUUUCAAAAACUGCAAGGUCGUCUGUAUGGCGCUAUGGACCUGAAGCCUGUCUUGUACCAGGACGUGAGACAUCUGGAGCCCUCUGAGGUCAGGGUGGAGGAAAUACGCAGAAACACCCUGCUCAAAGAGGUAAAUACAACAGCCCCAGUCCAGGAAGUACAGUAUAUGUCACUGAUUAGCUGCACAUAUAAAAUUAUUCAUUUUUGUGCGAUACAGGAUGAAAACCCGAAUUCUUAUAGAGGUGGCAACACGACAACGUGGGACAGCGGCGUUGGAGGACUUUCUUCUACCAGCCACAUUGCUACCCAAAUGGAAGACUGCGAAAGUGUUUGUUUGGAGCCCGACGGCCUCUCACACAGCGGUGGAGGCGACCUUGAGAAAGGGCUGCAGUUCUCCAUCUGGGUGUCCUUCUACGAGAUUUACAAUGAGUUCCUGUACGACUUGCUGGACGGCAGCCCCUCUCUGCAGCCGAGAAAGAGGAUCACGCUGCGUCUGAGCGACGACCAACAUGGCAAUCCCUACGUGAAGGGCCUCACGUGGGUUCAGGUCCGCAGUGCAGAGGAAGCUUGGAAGAUUCUGCGAACCGGACAGCGUAACCAAAGUUUUGCCAGCACACAUCUCAACCAAAACUCCAGUCGUAGCCAUUGCAUUUUCUCUGUUCGAGUUCUGCACAUCCGCCCAGAUGCAGAAUCGGGUCAGAACAUGCACAUCAGCGAAUUGACGGUGUGUGAUCUAGCCGGCUCGGAACGCUGUAAAGAGCAGCGCAGCGGCGAACGGAUGAAGGAAGCAAACAACAUAAACACCUCCCUCCUUACUCUAGGGCGUUGUAUUGCUGCCCUGAGGCACAACCAGACCAACAAGUCACGACCACCUCAAGUGGUGCCCUUCCGAGACAGCAAGCUGACCCGGGUGCUUCAGGGCUUCUUCUGUGGCAGAGGAACAUCCAGCAUGGUGGUCAACAUUAACACGUGUGCCUCCAUAUACGAUGAGACUCUCCAAGCUCUCAAGUUCUCGGCUAUUGCAUCCCAACUGCUUCAUGCACCCGCCACAAAAAACAGGGUGGCCAAAAUCCUAUCGCUGUUGCGUGAGCAAGCCAAUGAGAAUGAUGCAGAAGAUGAGUGCGAUGGUGAAGAUGUCGAUACCACCGUGUUUAAUGCAUUGGACACUGAUGCAAAACGUCUAGAAGCUGAGGUGAGGGAGCAGGUUGUCAACGAGAUGAUGGAGGUCAUUAACACAAUGCAGGCCGAUUUCAGUGAGCUCUUGGAAGCACAGAAGGAUCGACUUGAAAAGCGCUGCGAGGACAAAAUACAAAUCCUCCAGAAAUAUUUGAAGAGUUUCUACCGCAAAGAGUUAAAGGAGCGUGAUGAGCAGAUUGAAGAAUUGUCUGCUGCCCUGGAUAGGAAGAGGACUAGCGAGGCAGAUCCCAGCUCAUCACCCCAGACGGAAUCUGAGCGGCCUCGGCGGUCCGAGCGCGUCAGCUCCAAGCAAGAAAGCUCUCGACUGCAGGAGGAGCUUCAAAUGUGUCGUGCUCUGCUGCACACAAAGACGGAAGAGGUGUCGCGGCUGAAGAGCCAGCUCGAGACACCGGGCUCAGCGGGCACCAACGCUGCCGCCCGCAAGCUGGAAGAGGGACAAAGGAACCUACGUCAGCUGCGCUCAGAUUUACAGAAGCUCGGCUCAGACCUGCAGUCUGGCGAACGGGCCUGCUGCCGCAACACGAGUGGCGAAAGGCUGCGGCAGGCUUUGGCCGCGGCAGAUGAAACACUAAUAAAACAGGACCAAAUCCUGGUGGAACUGCAGAACGGCCUGACACUUGUCAAGGCCGACUUGAGGCGCAAGGCCGAGACCCCGGUUCAGGCGCAGGCCGAAUUCCAGGUUCAGGGAGCCCAGCCUCUCCAGCUACCUCGCUUGGGCUUUGCCACACCGACUUCUUGCAAGAAGCGAGGAUGUGGCACCGUGGCAGCCACUAACUCUGAGAACAAGCCUCCCCAGAAGAAGGCCUUCUACCACUCUUUGUUCCCCACAUGCACGCCGACGCGGAAAUACAACACCCGCAAUGCCACGGAUGCUAAAUUAACCCCCUACUCUCGGAUCCUGAGGUCACGCCAGCAGUCUCCGCCUCCGAGCCCCGUCCCUGCUCUUCGCCGCCUACGUGGCAAGUACUGAAGCGGUUUACUUUAAUGGGAGCAAAUCUUGCAUGCGUGUGCGUUUUGUUAUUUUAUUGGGUUUAUCUCCAAUACAGUUCUAAUAUUCAGUCAAGUAUGAAACUUUGAAAAAAAGUGUAUUUACCAAGGGAGGUGUGGGUUUGAACUAAAAAUUUCACAAGUUCUUCAUAUGCUAUGUAACAGCAUAUUGUAUCAAAGUUUAUUAUGUCUGUUUAAAAGUUCUUGAAUGUGACAGAA